UAGGCUGUACACGCGAGAACUUGUCUUGCUCCAUACACGCAGCAGACACGCUUCAUGUUACCGGCAGCAACCCUCACACGGGCCCGGGCCCAAGUGCCUCUCAGGCGGAUAUUCUCCAGCCGACGACCGCGGCUCGCAGCAGCGAGCCAAACCCACACACAGGUUGACAUAGGCGGCGAUGACGCAGCAACACGGUCCGAUGGUUUCGGACGGGCCAGUGAGGGGAUCUCUGUGGACUUUGACCAUCCCAGAGAGGCUUAUAAGAGUAAGGAUUCGUUGGAGAUCAUCAGGAGUUUGGUGGUUCUGAAGAUGUGCUCCUACGACUUCCUGGUCGAUAAGAAUCAAGAGAUAAUGGAUUUUGGGAAGAAGCUGCUGGGUCAGAAAGCCUUUGAUCAGCUGAUGAAGAUGACAUUUUAUGGCCAGUUUGUGGCCGGCGAGGACCACAAAGCCAUCAGGCCGCUGAUCCAAAGGAACCUGGCUUAUGGUGUGGGGUCUGUGUUGGACUACAGUGUGGAGGAGGACAUCAGCCAGGAAGAGGCUGAGCAGACAACAAUGCACUCAAGUGCAUCUGGUCGUCAGAGAGGGAGCAAAGGUAAUGGCUGCAAUGAGGAGUUUGGUGGAUCCCAUACAUAUUUCUAUGCAGAUGAGAGCAAAUGCGACCAACAUAUGGAAACGUUCAUUAAAUGUAUCCAAGCAUCUGGUGGGAGUUCAAGAGAUGGCUUCUCCGCCAUCAAAAUGACCGCUCUGGGACGACCGCAGUUUCUGCUUCAGUUCUCUGAGCUCCUGGUGAAAUGGCGGCGGUUUUUUAACUUCCUGGCAUCGAAGCAGGGUCAAGAUGGCGUUGACAUCUCGGAGCAGAAGCUGGACCUGAGACAGUUGCAGGAAUUUUUAAACAGGCUGGGUGAAAAAGACCAUUACAGUGUGUUUGCUGCAGGGAGGGAGGAAGCUUCAGGAACUAUUGACCUCCUUGACUGGAACAGUUUCUUAGAUGAUAGAGCAAACCUGUCGGAAAUGCUCGUUGUCCCAAAUGUUAAGCUUGGUGAGCUGGAGCCUCUGCUGAAAGACUUCAGUCCAGAGGAGGAGGGACAAAUGAAGAGGAUAUUACAGCGUAUGGAUGUUUUAGCGAAGCAUGCUAAAGAGAAUGGCGUCCGCUUGAUGGUGGAUGCAGAGCAGACCUACCUGCAGCCGGCCAUCAGCAGACUGACUCUGGAGAUGCAGAGAGUUUACAAUAAAGACAAGCCGGUCAUCUUCAAUACAUACCAAUGCUACCUAAAGGAGGCUUAUGAUAACAUAACUUUGGAUGUUGAAGUAUCUCGCCGUGAGGGCUGGCACUUUGCUGCCAAAUUGGUGCGAGGUGCCUACAUGCAUCAGGAACGGCAGAGGGCCUUAGAGUUUGGUUAUGAGGACCCCAUUAACCCUGACUAUGAGUCUACCAACACAAUGUACCACAGAUGUUUAGAUUUCGUGCUGGAUGAAAUUGCGCUGAAUCAGAAUGCCAACGUUAUGGUUGCAACCCAUAAUGAGAACACAGUGAAACACACAUUGAUGAGAAUGAACGAGCUGGCUCUGCUGCCCAGAGAGAACAAAGUCUUCUUUGGCCAACUACUGGGCAUGUGUGACCAGAUCAGCUUCCCACUGGGCCAAGCAGGCUUCCCUGUCUAUAAGUACGUCCCCUACGGCCCAGUGAACGAGGUGAUGCCCUACCUGACUCGGAGAGCCCAGGAGAACCGAGGCUUUAUGAAGGGCGUCCAAAAGGAGAGGGAGCUGUUGUGGAAGGAGCUGAAACGUAGAAUUGCCUCCAGAGAGCUUCUCUAUAGGCCGCUCUACUGAAAGCACAGAGGAGCAGAUAAUGUCAGUUUUUUUUCCUCCUCUUCUUUGCCGUCUCCUACCUGUCUUCAUGUUUUAUCCUUGUGUCUGCAUUUCAUUCUUUUAUUUCUCCCACUGCAAUCCACCAGCCUCCAUCACUUGUCGAUGUUCUAUCCCCCUAUACAUCUGUGGCCUUUCUUUCUUUUGCCCUCCUUUUGUCUGCAAAGCUCUCACAUCAAUCAAGUGGGCAUCUUUAGUGCUCUAACAGGAAUCGUGAAAAUGUCAACAAGUCCUGUAUGGACGUUCCUUUCUAUCCCGCUAUUCAUCACGCACAAGGACAGCGACGCACAAAACUUAAAGGCUUUGUUUAAAUGGUAAUUCUUUUUUUUAAGUAAGGGACACCAUAAACAAGAUUACAACACAUCACUCUUCAUCGCAGACAUUAUGCUGUUAUUCGUGCCUUCAGGAAGAAAGAAGCUAUAUCGUAUAUUGAGGGCAUAUAGUGCUCGCUAUUCAGGGAGGGAUAUUCACUUUUAAUACAAAUGCCUGCAAGUCUAUGUUGUCGUUUUUGUGUUGGCAAAAGACAAGACUCACUGGUACGCUUUCAAAGUCUAAUGAGAUCCAAUACAAGAACUGUAUCUAUAUUGCGUUGUUAUUAUUGUGGUUGUAGUUUGCAGUGCGUACUGAGAGCCAUGUCUUAUAUUUAGACCUCAUGUGGCUAAAAAGGUGCAUUGUCGAGUUGAACUAAUAAACACCACGUCUCAAAUA